UCUGCUCAAAAGUACGCUUUUACGAAAAGCACAGCCACCUCUAUGAAUGAUUUCCAUUGUGUAGUCAGCCUACGAAGCAAUUGCUCUCAAAGGAGUAGGGGGUUUGGGAAACAAGGUUUCCAGUGCCAAGUUUGCUGUUUUGUGGUUCACAAGAGGUGCCAUGAAUUCGUUACUUUUUCUUGUCCGGGUGCGGACAAGGGACCCGACACCGAUGACCCCCGGAGCAAGCACAAGUUCAAAAUCCACACCUAUGGAAGCCCCACCUUCUGUGACCACUGCGGGUCACUGCUGUACGGGCUCAUCCACCAGGGGAUGAAAUGCGACACCUGCGAUAUGAACGUGCACAAGCAGUGUGUGAUCAACGUGCCCAGCCUCUGUGGGAUGGACCACACGGAGAAGAGGGGCCGGAUCUACCUGAAGGCGGAGGUCACCGACGAAAAGCUCCACGUCACAGUACAAGAUGCGAAAAAUCUAAUCCCCAUGGAUCCAAAUGGACUUUCAGACCCGUACGUGAAGCUCAAGCUCAUUCCUGAUCCCAAGAAUGAAAGCAAACAAAAAACCAAAACCAUCCGCUCCACACUAAACCCCCAGUGGAACGAGUCCUUCACGUUCAAAUUGAAACCUUCAGAUAAAGACCGGCGGCUGUCCAUAGAAAUCUGGGACUGGGACCGGACGACAAGGAACGACUUCAUGGGGUCACUUUCCUUCGGCGUUUCGGAGCUGAUGAAGAUGCCGGCCAGUGGAUGGUAAGGAAGCGCAGAAGGGGAGUACUACAACGUGCCCAUUCCAGAAGGGGAUGAGGAGGGGAACGCGGAGCUCAGGCAGAAGUUCGAGAAAGCCAAGCUUGGCCCCGCUGGGAACAGAGCGUAUGGCCCCUCGCCAGACAGGAGACUUUCCAACAACCUGGACCGCGUGAAGCUCACCGACUUCAAUUUCCUCAUGGUGCUGGGGAAGGGGAGUUUUGGAAAGGUGAUGCUGGCGGACAGGAAGGGCACAGAAGAACUCUACGCCAUCAAGAUCCUGAAGAAGGAUGUGGUGAUCCAGGACGACGACGUGGAGUGCACCAUGGUGGAGAAGCGCGUGCUGGCCCUGCUGGACAAGCCCCCGUUCCUGACGCAGCUGCACUCCUGCUUCCAGACGGUGGAUCGGCUGUACUUCGUCAUGGAAUACGUCAACGGCGGGGACCUCAUGUACCACAUCCAGCAAGUAGGAAAAUUUAAGGAGCCACAAGCAGUAUUCUAUGCAGCAGAGAUUUCCAUCGGCCUAUUCUUCCUUCAUAAACGAGGAAUCAUUUACAGGGACCUGAAGUUAGACAACGUCAUGCUGGACUCGGAGGGGCACAUCAAGAUCGCCGACUUCGGGAUGUGCAAGGAGCACAUGAUGGACGGCGUCACGACCAGAACCUUCUGUGGGACCCCAGAUUACAUCGCCCCGGAGAUAAUCGCUUAUCAGCCGUAUGGGAAAUCCGUGGACUGGUGGGCCUAUGGCGUCCUGUUAUAUGAAAUGCUGGCUGGGCAGCCUCCGUUCGACGGCGAGGACGAGGACGAACUCUUUCAGUCUAUCAUGGAGCACAACGUCUCUUACCCCAAAUCCUUGUCCAAGGAGGCCGUCUCCAUCUGCAAGGGACUGAUGACCAAGCACCCGGGCAAGCGGCUGGGCUGCGGGCCCGAAGGCGAGCGGGACGUGCGCGAACACGCCUUCUUCCGGAGGAUCGACUGGGAGAAGCUGGAGAACAGGGAGAUCCAGCCGCCCUUCAAGCCCAAAGUGUGUGGCAAAGGCGCGGAAAACUUCGACAAGUUCUUCACACGCGGGCAGCCCGUCCUAACGCCGCCCGACCAGCUGGUCAUCGCUAACAUCGACCAGGCUGAUUUCGAAGGGUUCUCGUAUGUCAACCCCCAGUUUGUGCACCCCAUCCUACAGAGCCCAGUAUGAAGCUCACCCACGAGAACACACGCCUCCCCUGCCCCCGCCCCACCCCGCGCCCCUCCCGCAGUGGGAACUGAUCCUUCACCCGACACUUCAAGGCCGAGGCCUUGUUUCUCGGUCCAGACGGAGGCCAGAAAGAUCAUACGGUUGUUAGUCCAAACGUGACCUCCCGUUCAGGGCCUUUCUCUUACAACCAAGAACCUUAUCUUAGCGGAAGAGAA